AUGGCCUGCUCCAGCAUCUUUGCGGCUGCUUCAUUGACGGAUGGCAUCGAUGGCUACCUUGCGCGGCGUUGGAAGGUGAUGUCGCGCUUCGGCAAGUUCUUGGACCCAGUGGCGGACAAGCUUCUGGCAUGUGCUGUUCUGGUGCUAUUGCCAACAGCAGGAGGUCCUGAGACGGCUGCCCUGCUUGCCAUUCCGGCGGUCCUCAUGAUACUGCGCGAGAUCUUCGUGAGUGCCUUGCGUGAAUGGACCGCCUCAGUUGGCCAAAGCAACCUCACGCAAGUGGGUAUCUGGGGCAAGGUGAAGACUGCUGUAACCCUUCUCAGCCUCUGUGGUCUACUUGCGAGCUGCCGUGCAGGGUUCAAGUCACCUGUCUUCAUUGCAAGCGUUCCGCUUCUUUAUUUGGGGACUCUCCUGGCUUACAUCUCUGUGGCUGGUUAUGUGAAAGCCGCCAUCCCGACGUUCACAAAGAUGGAACGUUGA